UCGCUAAGAAUGUGAAUUGCCCUCUUGGGCUCGGACCUAGGUUGCGUUAACAUGGCGAAACGCACCAAGAAGGUCGGAAUCGUGGGCAAGUACGGGACCCGUUAUGGUGCCUCCCUCAGAAAAAUGGUGAAGAAAAUUGAAAUCAGCCAGCACGCCAAGUAUGCCUGCUCCUUCUGUGGCAAAACCAAGAUGAAGAGAAGAGCUGUGGGCAUUUGGCAUGGUGGUUCCUGCAUGAAAACAGCAGCUGGUGGUGCCUGGACCUACACCACCACCUCUGCUGUCACAGUCAAGUCCGCCAUCAGAAGACUGGAGGAGCUGAAGGACCAGUAGAAGCGCCACCAUCGAUAACGUUGCUAGCCUGUAAUAAAUGGGUUAAUUUAUCUAAAAAAAA